AUCAAAAAGAUGAAUACUUUCAGUCCCAAUAAUACCAAUCAAGCUAAACCCAGAAACAAGAAGAAGGGUGGUUGAUCAUGGCGAAAUUGGUGUCUGUACAGAGACACCCUUCUUUCUCUCUCCUCCCUCCUUCUUCUCUCUCCGACUUCAAUGGCACCAGGCUACUCCACUCUCAAGUCCAGUAUAAGAGAAGGGUUUCACAGCCAAAAGGUGCAUUGCAAGUUUCGGCUUCGAGUGCCAAGAAGAUUCUCAUAAUGGGUGGGACUAGAUUCAUUGGUAUCUUCUUGUCAAGGCUCCUUGUCAAAGAGGGUCAUCAGGUGACUUUGUUUACCAGAGGAAAAGCACCCAUCACUCAGCAGUUGCCAGGUGAAUCGGAUAGCGACUACACAGACUUUGCUUCCAAGAUUUUGCAUUUGAAAGGAGACAGAAAGGACUUUGAUUUUGUGAAGUCCAGUCUUUCAGCUGAAGGCUUUGAUGUUGUUUAUGACAUAAACGGACGAGAGGCAGAGGAGAUUGUGCCCAUAUUGGAUGGACUUCCGAAGUUAGAACAGUACAUAUACUGCUCUUCAGCUGGUGUUUAUCUCAAAUCUGAUCAAUUGCCUCACUUUGAGAUCGAUGCAGUUGAUCCAAAGAGCAGGCACAAGGGAAAGCUUGAGACAGAAAGCUUGCUUGAAUCAAGGGGUGUAAAUUGGACUUCUAUAAGGCCGGUCUACAUCUAUGGACCGUUGAACUACAAUCCUGUUGAAGAGUGGUUCUUCCACCGGUUGAAAGCUGGCCGCCCAAUUCCAGUUCCAAACUCGGGAAUACAAAUAACACAACUCGGUCAUGUUAAGGAUUUAGCAACCGCAUUUAUUAAGGUUCUUGGUAAUGAAAAGGCCAGCAAGGAAGUGUUCAACAUCUCUGGAGAAAAAUAUGUCACCUUUGAUGGAUUAGCAAAAGCAUGUGCAAAGGCUGCUGGAUUUCCUGAGCCUGAGAUUGUUCACUAUAACCCUAAGGAGUUUGACUUUGGGAAGAAGAAGGCAUUUCCAUUUCGUGACCAGCAUUUCUUUGCAUCGAUUGACAAAGCGAAGAGCGUGCUUGGGUGGAAACCCGAAUAUGGCCUGGUCGAAGGUCUUGCAGACUCCUACAACCUAGACUUUGGCAGAGGGACAUUCAGGAAAGCAGCUGAUUUUUCAACAGAUGACAUCAUUCUUGGCAAGAGUCUUGUUCUCCAAAGCUAGUCCUCUGAUCUCUUUCCUCCCUUGAUUUGUAAUUUCCCUUGUAUAUCAAUUUCCAUCCAAUCAAGAGGAAAUCAAGUUCCUUCUUUUUGUAAUGUUGUUGCAUCUCGAGUCUAUAAUACAAGAAAAAUAAAUUUGUUCCA